CAACAAUCCAAUAAUUAUGAAAUUUAUUCUGAUUUUGAGCAUUCUCGUCCUUUACUUGGCCUACACUUAUGCCCAAGAGGAUUGUCAAGGAAAGCCUAGACUUCGCCAAAACUGCAUUCGUGGCAAGGAUGAAGGACAUUUCAAUCAAAGGGCAUGCCGUCGAACCGCCAAUGCCAAUAUGUGGUACUUCGAUGAACGCGCCAAUGAGUGCAAGAAGAUGAGAUAUCAUGGUUGUGCUGGCAACCGGAACCGCUACUGCUCCUUGAGGCAUUGCAACAGCCGUUGCAGGCGCCGAAAUUGAAA